AGUGUUAUUUGCCAACUGCCAAUACAAGCGAGAGAAGAAGACGACGGCCCAAACAAACGCCGUGUCGCUGUUUCUGUGAAAGUUGACGAGGAUGAAUGUGUUGUUCUGAGAGCGACGAUGAUCUCGGUGAGUUAUAUUCUGCUGUGCGGACAAGUCCUCCUGCUGCUGUCCGUCAUUCUGUUACAAUGUCUGGGGGGGAUCCACUCCCACAACUCCUCCACCACCGAGAGCCCUGCUUCCUCUCCGGGCCAGGGAGCCACCGGGUUCCCGUUCAGCGAGCAGCCGCCCGACGAGGCGAAGGACGAGAUCCCGGUGGACCCUGAGAAUGACACCGACACGUUCGAGUACAGACCCCCGUCUCCUGUUGUCCUCUGCAGCUAUCUACCUGAUGAGUUCGUCCACUGUCAGGACCCUGUGGAUCAUGCAGGGAACUACAGCGCUCGGGACGAGCUGGGCCACGGUUGUGUCGGGUGGGGGGGCCAGACUCAGAAAGAAGUGAACGUCACUCGUGUGAUAUGCACUGCACUCGAUGAUAUAGAGUGUGCUGGAUCCAGAGAGUUCCUCAGAGGAGAAGUGCCCUGCAUCAAAUACACUGGACACUACUUCAUCACCACCCUGCUGUACUCCUUCUUCCUGGGUUGUUUCGGGGUCGACCGUUUCUGCCUGGGUCACACCGGCACCGCUGUCGGGAAGCUGCUCACCCUGGGAGGCCUGGGAAUCUGGUGGUUUGUGGACUUGAUUUUGCUCAUCACCGGCAGCCUGAUGCCCAGUGAUUACAGCAACUGGUGCACAUACUACUGACACCAAAAGAAUAGUGUGACCGAGGAAUCUGACCCCCUCUCGGUUCGAUCAGUUUAAUAUCAAGUCCAAAGACCUGCUGAGGACUCCUGGGAAAAAUGAUUUCAUUCUAAUUAAAUUUACUUGAAAUGUACGACCUUAAAAAGAAAAGAGCUCGGAAUGACUCCGGUAUUCACGGCUCUCACCAGGCUGACAGUGUCAUCAGUCCAUUCUUUUAGUACUAAAUCGUAAACUAAGGUCACUUUGACGCCGGUUUGGUUCAUUUAACCUGAACCACAGAAAAAAGUGAUUUAUCGUUGCCUUUUAGUUCUGAUCUGUUUGGUUUCCUCACACUGAUUUAUUACAAACAAACCUACAUAUCAACAGGAAGUCACGUGGACUGACAGAUCGCUUAUAGCUUGAUUGGACAGUUUUGGCAACUGUCCUCCUGUAUCAUCAGUGCUGCGUCGGCCCACAUGGAAAAUCAAAUUCCCCCCAAAAAAUAUGUCUGCACAACUUAUGUGCUGUGAUUCAUUCUGGCAUUCAUGAUGAGGAGCAGGACACGAGCAGAGUUCAAAUUUGACAUAAAUGUAUACACUGCUAAUAAGAAUGCUUUCUGGACAGUUCACAGUCUGUAGAACUGCUUUGUUUAGUUUUUUAAAUAAAUGCUGAAAUCACAUAUUUGUAUUUCUAAAAUCAUAAAACCACAAACUAACCACACACAGUGUUCAGUCUGCACCACAAAGCACCUGAUCUGAGUGGUUAGCUGUGGCUAACUCUAAAUAGUGUGAAAGACAGUAUGGACUCGGCUGGACUCUGGGUGUAGUGUGGUACAGAGGCAAGACGACCAGCCACGGGACUUGGGAGGAGGGCCACCACACAGUUUCAGCGGAGGCUCAGGGAAUUGAAGUAAAAAGAAUUUCAUUUUGUGUCAUCUGGUUAAAGAGAGAGAGCUGAGAGAUAUACAUUUUUUUGGUGGAUUUCACUUUCACAGAGACAGAAACUCAGAUGCCCCAGGACAGAGAAAAUAAGUUAUUCAGAUGAGGUGAGGUGGUUUGUCAGAGGAGGCCCACAUUGUCUGACUGAAAACCUCUGCAUUGUGUGAUCUUAGCAGGAAUACCUACAAUUGCCAACUAUCACCAAGUUAUUCUGUAUAAGCAGCAUAUAUAUAUAUAUAUAUAUAUAUAUAUAUAUAUAUAACCCAGUCAUUUAUUGAUUUAAUAAUUUAAUGAAACAAAACUAAACAGUAAGCAUCACUCCAUAUUAACGUGUUGCUCAUUCUGUAACAUGGUUCAGCAGGAUCUUCUGUCACUUUUCUCUACAUGAUGAUGCUGGAUGAUGACUGUCCAAUCGACACCUGUCUAUGUCACUUCAUGUUUACUUCUAUCGGUUUAUUUGUAUUUAACUAGAUUGUUUUGCCUCAAUUCAGUGUUUUGACGUGACCUACAAUCUCACAGAGCGCUCUAAUGGCAGAAAGUUAGGCACUUCCUGCUCUUUGGUCCCAGUUUAGGAAUGAACUUCCACAUCCUGGAGAGUUUGAGGUUCGAUGGAAGGUAUACGUCCUGAUAUAAGUCUUAUUCGACAAAGAUCAUAUAACCCAGCUGGCAGUUUCUGAUCAUAUUUAUGACUUUGCAUGUCAACCAAGAAUCCUCCUCUCCAGUUGAACUUGGAGCAGUGAUUUUAGAACCACAGCCUGAGGGCAACAUCCUACACCGACAAGUAGCCCAGCUUUGCUUUUACUGUCUUCUGCUGCUGGAGUCCAUCACAUUUCUGCUCUCCUGACUUCAGACUGUACUUAGACUGAUUAACUUUUCAGCCUCCAGCAAGUGAGAACGCAGAACUACAGAUGGUUGGUGAUAACAUAAGUGAGGUGGUGAUUUAGUAGUUUUGAGAUGUGGAAUGCAAUAUCUUCCUCCAUCUAAAAAAAGAAAAAUUAAAACUUUACUUCUGAGCUGUGUGGGAGCACUUCCCUCCUUAGCAUUCAGGAGUCGAGCUUGGCCCUGUCCAAAUGUCUGAAACUAAAACAAAUUCAGAUUUUCAUUGGCUUUAUCCAGCUAAGCUCAGGUCUCACAUUAAAUAUUAAAAUCCUCACCUUUUAUCCUGCUUUGUUAAAUUUCUCGUUUUACCCUAAAUGGAAGGUUUAUGUGCUCUUUUCACAGAUUGAGCAGGUUUCAUUACCCAAGGAACCAUAAAAACCCUUUGAGGUGUUGUCAUAAAAAGUUGAAGAAGACAUGAGCGUCAUCGAGUCGACCGCUGUCAUCCUGCAGCAGCAAUAUGCUUUUAGCAGGCAAUAUAUUUUCAGGCGACUAAACAUCUUUUGUAGAGGGCGAGCAUUAAAUCACAGCUUUCCAUUUGCAAUUUUCCACUUAGUUCACAAAAUGGUAAUGCAUAUGCAGUCUUACCCAGCUGUCAAAUAUUAGAGAGUCUUUCCAUGUCUGAGGUCUUGUCUUCAAUCUGAAUGUAAUGUCUUCUUUGUUAAAUCCAAACCCAGCUCCGCAUAGUCGCCCUUCAUUUGUAUAAAACAUGGUGUGUAGUGAAACUUUAAUUUGUGGACUCUGGGCUUUGUAAAAUACUGUAAAUAAUAUCGACCCGCCCAGCAGAAGCUUGGUUUUAUAUUCUUUAACUUUAAUCCACUGCACUAUUUAUUUAUUUGCCUUAUGUUUUAUGUGUUGAGGCGUACAUGUUCCUGGGAGCAUUAGCGGAAUACACUCAUUUUCUUUUAUUUUAAAUUUGUGUCAUUUUUUCCAACUUCUAAAAUAAAAUUAAGCUUAAAAAAACUUUUUUCCUUUGUCUUUAACUUUUUUAUUAAAACACUCACAUGCUCCAGGAAGAGAAUCUCCUCUGUAACAAUGGUGAGAGGGAAGUGUUGUAUUAAAACUGUUCACGCUCAUUAUGACUCAAUAAAAAGUA